UUUUUCAAGAUGGUGGACAUGAGUCAAAUUCUUUGUCUUUUGCAUUAAAAAAUCGUUUCAAAUACCACUUUUUGCGUCCCGAUUAUUUUUUUCUGAAGCUGUGACGGUAGAUGCUACUCCAUAGACAUGGGAAAGAAACAUAAAAAGCAUCAUAAAUCUGAAAGGAGAGAUUAUGAAGAUGAUGAUGAGCACAGCCAUAGCGAGAUGGUCGUUGAGGAGAAAUGUGAGAAGCCCCUGAAGCUGGUUUUGAAAGUUGGUGGUUCACAAACAAAUGUUGGCGGUAGUGACACUCCUGUUUACUCGGCGGAAGAAUCUUAUGAUUACCAUGAGAAGCGCCGCAAACAUAAGAAGAAGAAGAAGAAGAAGAACAGUGAGAAGGAGAAGCAUCGGCAUGGCGAGCAUGGAGAAGAGAAAAAGGAGAAGAAAAGAGAAAAACACUCCCGAGACUCAGAGGCUGAGGAGCAUUAUGAACCACCUGCAAAGAAAACAAUGUAUGAAGAUGACUCUCUGGAGAAACGUCACACUUUGCGGCUCCCACCUCGUGGUCAGCCAGAGCGAUUGGAUGACACUGUUUUGUACGACUGUUUGGACUAUCUGCAUAAGACAAUACAGAGAAAAGAUGCCAACGCCUUCUUUGCCUAUCCCGUCAACGACGUCAUCGCUCCUGGCUACUCCAGUAUCAUCACUGAGCCAAUGGACCUAAGCACAAUGAGAAGCAAACUAGACAACGGAGAUUAUAGUAAUGUUCUGGAGUAUAAGCGAGACUUCAAAUUGAUGUGUGACAACGCGAUGACGUACAACCACCAAGAGACCAUUUAUUACAAAGCUGCCAAGAAACUGCUCCAUCAAGGCAUCAAAAUGAUGAGCAAGGAUCGUCUCAUCAACAUGAAACGAACACUGCCGUUCAUGAUCAACAUCACCGACGAGGAACUUGGUCUCGAUGAAGAUGACACUGCCGAUCAAAUUGUUCUCGCCGAAGCCAAAGAAAAUAAGAAGAAACUAAAAGCAUCUCUGUCUACAGCCAAUAGUUUCGAAGCAGCCGGAGAUGACAUGACACCUAAUGAAAUUCUCGAAAGUGCACAAGCUGCUGCUAAAUCCGCGUCAGAUAAACUGACGUUACGUAAUCCGAACAGCCAUAUUGGAUUCUUGCGGCGACAGAAAGACGGCAGCACGUCACUUCAGAUCUUAAAUCCAGAAAAUUCAGGAAUGGUGAGCGAGACCGAAAAAAUUGUAAGCCUAGGAUCACUUGUUGGCAAAUUAAACACAGGAACUGGUGGCAUUCCGACUUUCAAAGAAGACAGGAGGAAUAUCGUCAAACCAGUAACAUACCUCAACUACGGGCCAUAUGGAACUUAUUGUCCAACGUACGACUCAUCUUUCUCCACCAUAACGAAGGAAGAAUCGGACCUGAUCUUGCAAACUUAUGGAGAUGAAACUUCUACAGAAUAUGCCACAAGCAUUCAAGAUUUCCUUGAGGACUGUAAUACCGGUGCAGAUAUCGUGCGGAUGGUGGACAACCUGCUAGACAUCGUUACAGGAGGGGAACACAAGAAAACAAAGAAGAUAUUUGAAGAUAGACAAAAAGAAACUGAAGAGAAGCGAAAACACGAAGAAAAGGAAAAAGAAGAAAAGAAGAAAAGUGAAACGGAAAAGGACAGAAAAUCUCCCACUCUGAAAGAAGAGACCAGCGCAGAUUCCGAAGACAAGGAGGUGUCAUUCCAGAAGAAAUUAGAUGAGACAGCCGGGCUGAUAGGUCAGCUUCAGAAGUCACAGUACGACAGGCUAGGGCAAAAGUUGCCUUCGCACUUGGCCUACGUGCCUGGGCCGUCUGCUUCUGAGUCACAGCUAGCUGAAAAGGUAUCAAAAGGUUUAACAGAACUAACGAAAGAGGUCAAGCCAGAAGACGUUGUGAGCCAAGCUGGGGUCAGAAAAGCUCUUGGAAUCACGAUGGAACCAGUCGAACAGUCACCAGUGGAACAGUCACCAGCACCUUCAGAGGAUUCGCAUGACUUGAGCCCUGUGGAAAUGAACCCUCUGUCUGUUUCCGUUUCAGACGCAGGUUCGAAACAGCAGUCGGUCUCUGAUGCAGGUUCGGUCUCAAAUCCUGCAUCGAUAUCUGGACUCGUUAGUCCCCAGGAUCAAAUUAUGGACGAACUGGAGGAUUUUGCUCAAUCACCUGCGGUGCUGAUUGCGAUGAAAUCGCCCGUUGGAAUGGAAGUUGAGGAGGAGGACGAUGAUGAGGAUUCUGUUGAGGAUUCGGGAGAUGAAGAUGAUGAUGAUGAUGAUGAUGAUGAUGAUAGUGGGGCGGAUGAUAAGGAAGGGGAGGAUACGAAAGCCUCUGCCAAUUGAACAAUAUGUUCUUCAUCCAAACUGUCGACAAUUUCAUUGUGACUAUAGAUUUCAGAAAAAUGUUCCAACAUCUUCAUUUGAGCAUUGUUUGGACUUCUGAGAGAUGAAACUGAUCCACUUUUGUGCAAUACUCACAGCAGAACCACCCAUUGUUGAAAACUUCAACCCUAUCUAAGUGUUCUUUUCCCGCUCUGUAAAUAUUUCACUAGAGUCUGUUUUUGGGUGAGAAUUAAAGCUGCUUCUACCUUCAGUUCAAGCCACUGCCAUUCAUUUCAUUAUCAAUCAAAUGCACAAUAGACAAUAACAAAGUUGGAGUGGUUGAUUGACAUUUCAGAGCAUUUUGAUUAGCAUUUCUACAAACAGACAUCAGACAGUAGCUUACUUCCAAUUAAAAUCAUUUGUCCAAUUAUAUUAAUUAGCAAACUCUUCGAUGUUAGCAGUCGUCUGAAGCACCAUUGUUUGGGAUAAGCCUGAUUCAUGCGUUCAUUGUACAUACACCAUUUUUAUAUUCUAAUGAAAGAUCAUUUCUGUGUUGUAUUUAUGAAGAUAGAGUAAAGAAUAUUUGUAGAAACAAACAGCAACUAACCUGCUCUAAGCUCUGUCCCUUAAAAGUACAUGUAAUGGGCCAAAUUCAUUAAAGGCGUUUAAGGGUUAGACGUGUGUCACAUCUCUCUAAUCAGUUUCAGGGCCUAUCCAUAUUCUGUGAAGAUUUACAUGAAGGACC